AUGAGAGCCACUCACAGACAUGUUUGUGUUUUUCUUUGUUCUAUCUUCAUAUUGUUCGACUUAUUGUCCCUGUGUUCUAAUGCAACUAACAACAUCACACAAGGCCAAUCCAUCAGAGACGGACAAACUAUAAUCUCCACCGAGAAGAAAUUCGAAUUGGGUUUCUUUAGUCCUGGGAAUUCCAUGAAUCGUUACGUUGGGAUAUGGUAUCACCAGCUCCCUAAUCAAACAGUUGUAUGGGUUGCAAACAGAGAGAAUCCAAUUCUAAAUAGAACAGGCGUUCUCACCAUUGCAGACAAUGGGAAUCUGGUGGUGUUGAACGGGGAUGGAAAAGUUCUCUGGUCAAAAAAUGCUUCCAUUAACUCAACUGCUAUUCUCAUGGACUGCGGGAAUCUUAUUCUCAGAAGUGGUGACUCUGAUAAGUUCCUUUGGCAGAGCUUCAAUGAUCCUACAGAUACUUACCUACCUGGCAUGAAAAUGGGUUAUGAUCCAAAGAAAGGUUUGAACAAUACAUUCUCUUCGUGGAAAAGCGCUCAUGAUCCUUCGAAGGGUAACUACCUUGUGGGUGUGGAUCCUCUGGGAUCUCCUCAAAUUCUGAUAUGGAAGGGCAUGGCACGGCAUUGGAGAAGUGGGCAAUGGAAUGGGCAAACGUUCUUGGGCGUGCCCAACAUGAGAAAUCUCUAUCUUUUUGGGUUUAAGCUCACCAGUGAUGCACAAGGAGUAAUGUACUUCACAUACAAUAUGCCUAACAAUUCUGAAAUCUUGCGGUUUUGGAUGGGAUGGGAUGGAAGAGUGAAGCAGCUACGGUUGGAUGAGGAGAGAAAGGAGUGGAUCCCUCUCCGGGAAGAGCCGACUGAUGAAUGCGAAAAUUACAACAGGUGUGGAGCUUUUGGGAGGUGUAGUCAGUUGGAUUCCCCUAUUUGUAGUUGUUUUCAUGGGUAUGAACCCAAAGAUAGCCAUGAGUGGAAUAAGGGAAAUUGGUCAGGUGGGUGUGUGCGGAGAACAAAGUUACAGUGUGAGAAGACUAGCGAAGUUGAGGUGUCAAGGAAGGAUGGUUUUUCAAACUUGGGAGGUAUCAAAUUGCCGGAUAUCUACAACUGGGUUGCAGUUAAUAGCAGAGGUGAAUGUGAAGAUGAGUGUCUGAGGAAUUGUUCUUGCAGCGCUUAUGCGUAUGUCAGUUGGAUUGGUUGUAUGAUAUGGAGUGGGGAUUUAGUUGAUGUUCAACAAUUUCAAGAAGGUGGGAAUACCAUCUACAUCCGCCUCGCUGAUUCGGAAAUAGGUGGAAACAGUGGGAUAUCGAAGCGAAUCACAGUGAUAAUUACAGUAUCUGGGAUAGUUUUUCUUAGCAUAUCUAUCUACUCACUAUGGAGUUUUUUUACAAAACUAAGAGAUUUGAAGAGGAAACGAAACAAAAAACUGCUAUUAUUUGCUUUGAGCAACAAUUUGAGUUCAGCCCACUUCUCAGGACCAGAUGAUCUCGUAAGAGAUGGGCAACAAGGAAAUGUGCCCGAAUUGCCGUUGUUUGAUUUCGAUUGUGUAGCAGUUACUACAAGCAACUUUUCUGAUGCAAAUAAGCUUGGACAAGGUGGAUUUGGUCCUGUUUACAAGGGACUGCUACCUGGAGGACAAGAAAUAGCUGUGAAAAGACUUUCAAAGAUGUCAAUACAAGGGUUGGAAGAAUUUAUGAAUGAGAUUAUACUCAUUGCCAAACUGCAACACAGGAAUUUGGUUAGACUUCUGGGUAGUUGCAUUCAGGGGGAGGAAAAGAUGUUGCUUUAUGAAUAUAUGCCCAAUGGCAGCUUGGAUUCCUAUAUUUUUGACCCAGCAAAGCAAGGGCAAUUAGACUGGAGGAAACGUUUCCACAUUAUAGAGGGGAUUGCACGAGGAGUCCUAUACCUUCACCGAGACUCAAGGCUAAAAAUAAUCCAUCGAGAUCUAAAAGCUAGCAAUAUUUUGUUAGACAAUGAGAUUAACCCAAAAAUUUCAGACUUUGGAAUGGCUAGAAUUUUUGGAGGGAAUCAAAAUCAAGCGAAUACAAACAGAGUAGUUGGGACAUAUGGGUACAUGUCUCCUGAAUAUGCAAUGGAAGGCUUAUUUUCUGUUAAAUCAGAUGUCUAUAGCUUUGGGGUUUUGCUCCUAGAGAUUGUUAGUGGCCGGAGGAAUAUCUACAUCGCCCAUUCUGAGAAUUACUCAAAUCUUAUUGGAUAUGCAUGGCAUCUAUGGAGUGAAGGAAAAGCAAUGGAAUUUAUGGACUCAUCUAUGGUUGAUACAUAUUGCUAUUGGGAGGUAUUGAGAUGCAUUCAUGUGGGGCUGUUGUGUGUGCAAGAUUCUGCAAUGGAGAGACCAUCCAUGUCAUCUGUUUUGUUGAUGUUGGAAAGUGAGACUGCAAUUGUUCCUAAUCCGAAGCAACCCAUUUUUUCUGUAGCUAGAAAUUGUAUAGAGAAGGAUUUAUCUGUGGAAAGCUCAAAAGUAAUGUCAAUUAAUGAUCUAACAGUUACCACAGUAGUUGGAAGAUAGAAGAUCUGUGAGGGGUCAAAUGGUUUCAGAGCUGUCGAGGACUCCAAAAUCCUAAGCUUAGUGUAACCUGUUAGAUCUGUUCUAAAUUAAAAGUUGAAAUGUACUUUGUGUUA